CAGAUAUAUCAAUACCACAUUUCUUGGCAGCAUCCAUUUUUUCUGCACAGAGCAGCGAGACCAUCACAUUUUACAGGAACACAAAGCUUCUAGUUUUGUUGUGUUUUACAUCUGGGAUAUUCAGAAAAAUUUGGUCAUGUGAUAUUCAGUGGCUUGCGGGGUUGCUGCUUUGGCAUUGCAAAUAUGAUAUUGGUUAAGCGAAUGCGAGAGAUGCUAUACAAUGCUCUCCUUUAUCAGGAUAUGUCCUUUUUUGAUGAAGAAACAGUUGGUGAUCUAACAAGUAGACUUGGGGCAGAUUGUCAACAAGUAUCACAAGUCAUUGGAUAUGAUCUUAAUCUGAUAUGUCGCAAUGUUCUUCAGGGAACAGGUGCAAUAAUAUAUUUGUUUGUCUUAUCUUGGCCUCUUGCAUUGUCUACAUUGCUGGUAUGCUCCGUCUUAGCAUCAAUAAUGCUCAUAUAUGGCCGCUACCAGAAAGCAGCAGCGAAGUUAACUCAAGAGUUCACUGCAUGUUCUAAUGAAGUUUCACAAGAGACUUUAUCUUUAGUGAGGACAGUCCGAGUUUAUGGAACUGAGAACCGUGAAUUUAGCAGAUACCUAAAAUGGCUGGAAAGAUUGUUUGGAGUAAGUUUACGGCAAAGCUUCGCUUAUGGAUUUUGGAAUUUCAGCUUCACCUUUCUAUAUCAUUCCACUCAGGUUAUUGCUGUGCUAAUUGGAGGAAUUUCUAUUCUGUCUGGUCGUAUAACAGCAGAGCAACUUACAAAGUUUGUUAUGUACACUGAAUGGUUGAUCUAUUCAACGUGGAGAGUGGGAGACAAUUGGUCCACACUGAUGCAGUCUAUUGGAGCAAGUGAGAAAGUCUUCCAGUUGAUGGAUCUCCUGCCUAGCAAACAAUUCUUAUCAGAAGGACGGAAAUUGCAGAAGUUGGUGGGAAACAUUGAUUUUGCCAAUGUAUCAUUCCAUUAUCCUUCAAGAAUGACGAUAGCAGCUCUGCAGCAUGUGAACCUAUCAAUUCAUCCUAAUGAAGUUGUUGCUAUUGUUGGACUUAGUGGAAGUGGGAAAAGCACACUAGCCAGCCUUCUUCUUCGUCUGUAUGAACCAACUGAUGGGCAGAUAUUAAUCGAUGGAGUCCCUCUUGGAGAGUUGGACAUCAAAUGGUUGAGGGAAAAAAUUGGCUUUGUUGGACAGGAACCCCGCCUUUUCCGUAUGGAUGUUGCUUCAAAUAUAAAGUAUGGAUGUGCGAGGGAAGUGAGUCAUGAGGAAGUGGAAUGGGCUGCAAAGCAAGCAUAUGCACAUGAGUUUAUAAUGUCUCUUCCCAAUGGAUAUGAAACCCUUGUGGACAAUUCUCUUCUUAGUGGCGGACAAAAACAGCGGAUUGCCAUUGCAAGAGCUAUUCUUAGAGAUCCUACCAUUUUGCUCCUAGAUGAAGCCACCAGCGCCCUUGAUACCGAGAGUGAACAUUAUAUCAAGGGAAUCCUUCGCAACGCCAAGGCAAAGAGCAGUGUGAUUGUGAUUGCGCAUAGGUUAUCUACUAUACAAGCUGCUGACAGAAUAAUUGUAAUGGAUAGCGGGAGAAUUGUGGAGAUGGGAGAUCAUGCAGAGCUCAUCAGAAAGAGUGGCUUGUAUGCCCGACUGGCCAAUCGACAAGUUGAUGCCUUGGCAUGAUCCUCAAGGCUUGAGCACUUAUCGCUUCAUGUUUUCUGUUCCAUAAGUUUUAUUUAUGUGGAACAGUUAAAGGUACUCGAAGAGAGAUUGAUCACAAUUUUUUAAAACUUUUUUUGACAAGGCACGCUCAUGUUCGGAUGCCUCCAAAAAUUAGAGAGAAGGAUCGGUUGAUCUAAACUUGUAAGGUUCAUUCUUACUGUACUAUUUCAGUCAUGUUGAACUUGUUAAAGAACCCCAUUUACAUUUGACUAUGAUUGAUACUGAACUAUUUAAUUCUUCAUUUUAAGAGAAAAUUUGUCAAGGAA